AUGGAGAGCCUACGUCAAUGCACUGAAAAAACCCGAGUUCUAGGACUGAGACAGCCUCCUCACUGCUUGUCCUAUACCACAGUCCUAGAACAGCUCUCAUCUGACGCAGAUGACCCGCUCACAAGCCUUGAGGCCCACUCACGUCUGGACAUUUAUGGACAAAUCCGUCUGGAGGAAGGCGAAGGUAUCUCGAUUGGAAAAAUACUUCUGCGGCAAAUUGCGAACGCGAUGAUGCUUGUAUCGAUACUAGCGAUGGCCGUCAGCUUUGGCAUUCAAUCUUGGAUCGAGGGUGGUGUUAUUGCUGGCAUUAUUGGAUUGAAUAUUGUCGUUGGCUUUUUCCGGGAGUACGCGGCGGAGAAGACGAUGGCGUCUCUGCGAUCGUUGACAACGCCUAGCGGGACAGUAUCUAGGGACGGUCAUACAGUCAUCAUCCCUGCCAUUGAAAUCGUCCCUGGAGACAUUGUUGAUGUGAAGACAGGAGAAAUCAUUCCGGCUGAUUUGAUCAUAUCGAGCAGACUAAUCGAGGUUCUCAAUUUUGAGACAAACGAGGCCCUCUUGACGGGUGAACCUCUGCCUGUUCAGAAAGACGCCGAGGCAACGUUUGAAGAGGAUAUAGGGCCCGGCGAUCGCCUGAAUAUCGCAUAUAGCUCGAGCACUGUGACUAGAGGGAAAGCUAGGGGCAUUGCUAUUGCAACAGGUAUGGACACAGAAAUCGGAAAGAUUGCUCCCGCUUUGCGUGCCAGUGAGCGAAAACGCCGACCAGUGAAGACUGGACCUUCAUGGACCUUAACUAUUACUGAUACAACAGGCCGCUUUCUCGGGCUGAAUGUUGGAACCUCUCUGCAGAAGAAGUUAUCGAGGCUUGCAGUGGUCUUGUUCGGUAUCGCCGUUAUAUUUGCUAUUGUGGUGAUUCUUUACGCUGUUGCAACAGGGCUUAGCAUGAUUCCCGCCUGCCUUGUGGUUGUACUCACUAUCACCAUGGCAGUUGGGACAAAACGAAUGGUGCAGCGCCAUGUCAUUGUCCGAAAACUAAGCUCACUCGAGGCACUCGGAGCGAUAGCAAAUAUAUGCUCUGAUAAAACAGGUACAUUAACCCAAGGCAAAAUGAUUGUGAAAAAAGCGUGGGUAGCCUCGCGCGGGACUUUUACUGUUGAGGGCGCUAGUGAUCCUUUCAAUCCAACACUGGGAGAGACCAGGACGAAAAGGCCUAACGAGCUGCUGACCGACAAUAAAGAGCUCAAGGAAUACCUCGAUAAGAAGCAUGAAGGCGACGAGGUUGAGGAGAACAGUGGGUGGCAUGCCCGGGGCGAGCCAACCGAGAUUGCCAUUCAAGUCUUUGCCUCUAGAUUCUCCUGGGAUCGCGAUCGCCUGACAAAGAGCGAAGACGCAAAGCGGUCGCAAAAGUUAGAGUUUCCUUUUGACUCUGAUAUCAAGCGAAUGGCUGUUGUAUACAAAAAUAAAGCGGAGAGGAAGCUUGUAGCAUUCAGCAAAGGCGCUGUUGAGCGCAUUCUGGAGAGAUGCUCCGAAAUUGUCGUUGAACAAAAUUCUCCACCGAGCACCUUAGACGACGAGCAUCGUGAAUGGAUCAUGGAUAAUAUGGAAGCCCUAACAAAGAUGGACCUUCGUGUCCUUGCCCUUGCGAAGAGAGACGCUGUACCAGAUACAGAGGGCCAAGCGCAGGUUGAAGCAGACCUUUGUUUCCUAGGUUUGGUCGGUAUCUACGACCCGCCCAGACCAGAAUCUGCCAGAGCCGUGGAGAUAUGUCACCAUGCUGGGAUAUCAGUGCACAUGUUAACAGGCGACCAUCCUGGAACUGCAGAAGAAAUUGCGCGGCAGGUGGGUAUACUACCCAACUUUCAGCAAGUCGCAGGGGAUGUCGCAGGGGCUAUGAUUUUCACCGGCAACCGAUUUGAUAGGUUGUCUGACGAGGAAGUUGAUGCCCUUCCUCUUUUACCUCGAGUUAUCGCCCGCUGUGCGCCGCAGACUAAAGUCAAGAUGAUUAACGCAUUCCACAGGCGCGGGAGCUUUGUUGCAAUGACAGGAGAUGGUGUGGAUGACACUCCAUCUCUGAAAAUUGCGGAUGUGGGAAUUGCUAUGGGACUGACUGGUUCGGAUGUGGCCAAAGAUGCUUCGGAUAUAGUGUUGACUGAUGAUAAUUUUGCCUCCAUUCUGAAUGCUAUUGAGAAAGGUCGUCGAAUCUUCGACAACAUUCAACGUUUUGUGCUUCACCUCUUAUCAGAGAAUGUCGCGCAGGCGUGUACGCUACUGGUUGGCCUCGCGUUUAAGGAUGAGAUAGAGAUUCUUUGGAUCAUCAUGAUUACCUCUGGCCUGCCAGACAUGGGACUUGGAAUGGAAAUCGCAACUCUGGAUAUAAUGGACCGGCCUCCACAAAGCAAGAAAGGUAUUUUCACGUGGGAAGUCGUUGUGGAUAUUGUUGUUUAUGGCACUUGGAUGGCUGCGCUGUGUCUCUCGUCGUUCUCACUAGUGAUAUGGGGCUUCGGCGACGGCGACUUGGGCCUGAACUGCAAUAGAGAUUCCAAUCCCCAGUGCAAACCUGUGUUUCGUGCACGCGCAACGACAUUUGUCUCACUUACCUGGUUUGCAUUAUUCCUUGCAUGGGAAAUGGUUGACAUGCGCCGUUCAUUCUUCCGCAUGCAUUCCGAAAGGAAACGGUAUCUCACUCAAUGGAUAAUCGAUGUAUGGCGGAAUAAAUUUUGGUUUUGGGCUAUCAUAGCAGGUUUUGUUUUGGUAUUUCCUGUUCUAUACAUCCCUGUUAUCGACCAUGAUGUCUUCAAGCACUCUGGUAUAUCAUGGGAGUGGGGAAUAGUUGGCGUGGAGAUUGUUUUAUUCUUCGCCGGCGUGGAAAGCUGGAAGUGGGCCAAACGAAUGUUUUUCCGGGGUAUCAGGAGAAACCACCAAGAAGGCUCUGCAGAGAUAGUCUAA